GUAGGCACGCCGUAUGUUGUCAAAAGAGAAAAGAUGGCGUCGGUAUCAGAGAUGUACGAUGUGGGUUGGGAAGAGAUGAGAGACAAGCUGCGUAAAUGGAGAGAAGACAACUACAGAAACAGUGAACAGAUUGUGGAUGUUGGUGAAGAGCUCAUCAGUGAACAUUCAUCUAAACUGGGAGAUGACAUAUGGAUUAUUUAUGAGCAGGUGAUGAUCGCAGCUCUGGACUGCAGUCGGGAUGACUUGGCUCUGACCUGUCUACAGGAACUGAGGAAGCAGUUUCCAGAUAGCCACAGAGUGAAGCGAUUAUCGGGCAUGAGGCUGGAAGCUUUGGAAAGGUACGACGAGGCCAACAAGCACUAUGAUGCCAUUCUCCAAGACGACCCCACCAACACGGCAGCAAGGAAGCGCAAGAUCUCCAUAUUGAAGGCCCAAGGGAAGAGCGCUGAAGCCAUCCGGGAGCUCAAUGAAUAUCUGGAACAGUUUGUUGGGGACCAAGAAGCGUGGCAUGAGUUGUCAGAGCUGUACAUCAACGAACAUGACUAUGGAAAAGCCGCGUUUUGUCUGGAGGAGCUGAUGAUGACCAAUCCUCACAAUCACUUGUACUGUGAGCAGUACGCUGAGGUGAAGUACACGCAGGGGGGGCUGGAAAACCUGGAGCUGUCCAGAAAGUAUUUUGCCCAGGCACUGAGGCUGAACAACCGAAACAUGAGGGCAUUGUUUGGUCUGUACAUGUCUGCGAGUCACAUCUCUGCCAGUCCAAAAGUCAGUGCCAAGGUGAAGAAGGACAAUAUGAAGUACGCUGCUUGGGCUGCCACUCAGAUAAAUAGAGCCUAUAAGAUGGCCGGUCGCGGCACAAAGGAGAACAAAUGCUCCAUGAAGGCGGUGGAGGAGAUGCUGGAGUCCAUGCAGAUCACCAUGUCCUAGAUACCCUCAACCACACCUUCUCUCUUCCCUUUCUGUUCACACACAGCCACUUGGAGCAACAUGGCAGCUCAAAUAGCCUUUCAAUGUGACCAGAACCGGAUCUUUAACUGUUUUUUUUUUUAUUUCUUUAUCCCAUCAAGUUUGGUUUUGUAAUUGAUUGAACUUGACAUGGACAAGUGCAAAGAUUCCCCCACCCAUCUGAAAACUACAACAGAAAAUUCCAAUUCCUCAAAUUAAUUUAAAGAAGUUCUGCAUAGCAUUAACCAGCUGUGUUUUCCCCCAGACUGAAUUAUACUGUCCCUCCCCAUCCCAUGUUGUCUUUUAUGUUCACCUUGAACUGAUAUCACUAAUUAGCACACCAAGGCUACAACUCUGACCAGGAAAUAUAACAAGCUGUACAGUAAAUGCUAUUUAUAAAGAGAAUGUGGAGAUUCCACCUGUCUGCACUGAGGUCCUUAACUGUCUCUGUACUAUCUGUAAAUGAAACAUCUUUAAUAAAACUUUUCAUUUGUCUAAUCUAUCAAAAUGUAUUAAUAAAAGUAGGACUGAUAGCCAAGUUGAUGAAAAUGCAUUUUGGGUGUUUUAUAGCAGCGCAGGAGCAGUUAGUCUGUUGUUUUUUUUUUUUUUUGAAUUUCCAUGUAUCUAAAUAGUCAUGUUGUCCCCAGCAGUGAACACCUACUGACACAUUUGAACCUGCUAUAAAAGUCCUGGAGAAGAUUGGGAGACAUUCCUCAUUAUGAAGGCCGCAGUGGUAACAACAGGGGUAUAAAAAAGGCCCUUUUCUUUCCCACUGAUUCCAGCUGGGAAAUCCUGCCUUUCAAUUACCCCAGACAGCAGCUGAACCAGCUUCAGCACACUGAGGAACACCUCUGUCAUUUCAGUUUAGAGAGCCUCAGAGAACGCUGCCAGUAAUUAACACGCCACAAGUUGGGAAGGGAAAAAAAAAAUUGUAUUCAUGAAUCUGGGAACUUUCAUGACAGACGGGGAAGAAAGACAUCUUAGUGCUGCGAGAGGUUGGUUUCCUCUGCUGUUAGAGAACAGUCAGUUCACUGGGUUCUGUAAUUGUUGAAUCUGAAUUGAUCCUCAUGAUCAUCUUAUGUUGUCACUCACCCGUGCAGGGUCAGCUGUUACUUCCAUUUCUUUUGUUUAUUAAGUCAUGGCAAUUGUCUCAUAAUUUCACUCUUCGGCUGAUGGAAAACUUGAGUGUUGAGUUUAUGGUCUUUUUUGGACGGCUUUUAAAUUUAGAGAGGUCACCAGCUCAAAGCCCAGAGUGUGGAAAGCCGUUUUCUCAAGUUUUUAAUACUCUGGCCUUGGUCAGUGGAUGAAUGUGUCUGCAUUUGAUUUGCCUCACCAAUCUGGCGGAACCAAUGAAAGCCAGGGGACGUUUGAGCAUAAACUGACUUGAGUUAUUUUUACAGGAAAAGGGCUGAGGCUAAAUGAAGCUCUUUUUGAAGAGUUACAGGGUGAAAGCUGUUUCAUUUGAAGCAGAGUGAUUCUUUUUUUGUGUUGUAGCUCCCAUGUAAAUGUUGCUGUACUUGCAAAGGUUUAUGCACUUAUAAAUGGGGAAUAAAAGUUAUCAAUCAG